CGGGGGCGGGACCCGGGAGGGCGGCGCACGGCGCGGGCGGCGGGCGGAGCGCGGGCAGCGGUGCCCCGAGGCUGCGGCGCUGUGGGGCGGCGGUGCCCCUCGACCCGCGUCCCCGGGCUCCCCGGGCGGCGGUGAGGGCGGCGACGGCGGCGCGGACGGGCAGGCGAAGCUGAGCUGGCUGCUCCAGGAUGCACCACAGCUCUGAGAAGGGGAAGUAGAAGUCCUGCUGGCUCUGCUAUGGCGUGUGAACCGCAGAUGGACCCCGGCGGGGAGGCCGGCCCCUUGCCCACCUCCUCCCCUGGGUGGAGCACCCUGCCUGGCGGGAGCCCUCCUGGCUGGGGACAAGAGCUCCACAAUGGCCAGGUCCUCACCGUUCUCCGGAUUGACAAUACCUGUGCACCCAUCUCCUUCGAUCUGGGAGCCGCCGAAGAACAACUGCAGACCUGGGGCAUUCAGCAGGUCCCGGCUGAGCAGUACAGGAGCCUGGCUGAGAGUGCCCUCUUGGAGCCCCAAGUGAGAAGAUACAUCAUCUACAACUCGAGGCCUAUGCGGCUGGCCUUCGCUGUGGUGUUCUAUGUGGUGGUGUGGGCCAACAUCUACUCCACCAGCCAGAUGUUCGCCCUGGGGAACCACUGGGUGGGUGUGCUGCUCGUGACCCUGGCUGCCAUGAGCCUGACCCUGACUCUUGUGCUCAUUUUCGAGAGACACCAGAGGAAGGCCAACGCCAACACGGACCUAAGGCUGGCAGCUGCCAACGGAGCCCUCCUGAGACACCGGGUGCUGUUGGGGGUGACAGACACGGUGGAAGGCUGCCAGAGUGUGAUUCAGCUCUGGUUUGUCUACUUCGACCUGGAGACCUGUGUGCAGUUUUUGUCCGACCAUGUUCGAGAAAUGAAGACGAGCCAAGAGUCCUUGCUGAGAAGCAGAUUGAGCCAGCUGUGUGUUGUCAUGGAGACUGGGGUGAGCCCCACGGUAGCCGAGGGGCCGGAGAACCUGCUGGAGGAAGCUCCUCUCCUGCCCAGCAGUCCUCGUCCCACGGAGAGGCCACUCAUGCAGACCGAGCUUCGCCAGCUUAUUCCUGAGGCUGAGCCAGAGGAAAUGGCCCAGCAGCUGCUGGCAGUGUUUGGUGGCUACUACAUCCGGCUCCUGGUGACCUCUCAGCUCCCCCAGGCAUUGGGCACACGACACACGGACUCUCCAAGGAUUCCAUGCCCCUGCCAGCUCAUAGAAGCCCACAUCCUGGGCACAGGGUGCUGCCCAUUCCUGGCCAGGUGACCUAGGGACGAAGGUACUCAUCUUCUUCCAAGGCUGAAGGUGAGAAGUCAGGGAGGCCUCAGGAGCCCAUGGUGGCCGACGGUGAGCCCUAGGCGAGGGGAGCAGCAUCUGGGGGCACUCUGAGGCUGUCCGUCAUGUCAGCACUGGGAAUACUGUUCUCACUCCAGGACCCUGCGCAAGAAUGGCUUGUCGACAUCCCACACUGACCCCUGGCCUUUGCAGAAGCCGAUGGUCCCACUCUGAGGUGCUUUCUGUGCUGCUGAGAACUGUGGGUGUGGAUGAAAGGGCCACCCGCACAUCCCUUUCAUUGUCUGGAGAGCCCAGGAAAUGUGAAGAUGACCAGACCGGGCUGAACGUGUGUCCAAAGCUUGGUCUCAGGUGAUGCUCCUGUCCCCACCCCCUUCUUGUCAGAUGGAGACUCAAGACACUGCUCUUUGUGGCAUUGCCUUGGGCCCCUUAGAUGAUAAGAAGCCUCUUCCCAAUCUGAAGUGAAGAAGUAAAUUCUCAGAAUGUUCUCUGUUUUUAAGUUGUUUUUUCCCUACAUUUUCUGAAAAACGAUGGCGCUUGGGCUUGUAUGCUAGCACACAGGCCUUCAGGAGUAGGAAACAAACAGCCUGUAGCUGCUAAUGGGAAUAUUUGGAAAAGACCAAUCCUGUCUGAUUGGAGGACAUAUUUUGUUCAAAGGCAUGCUUGCUCGUGGGUAUGGUUUCCUGCUGCAGAUGGAGAAUGGCAGUUUGUUCCUUAACACUAACACUCCUGGAGUGAAGCGUAAUCUGUCACUUGUGGAAUUCCAUGAAGAGCUCAGAGGCUGCCAGGUGCUCUGCGUCUGAACAAGUUUGAAGACCCAUUGUUCCCUAGGCCCAAAUCCAAAAGCCCUAGCCUGGCAUUUAAAGGCUCCCCAGCACCUAAGACCUGGCUUUCAUCUGCAAUUUUGGCUUCAUCGCCCAUAAAAAUCCUUCAUAGGUUGAAACUCUUUUCCUGGACUGACACACCUGUUCCUGUGUAUCUGCUGGAUUCCUAUGCAUGCUUUUGUAAAAAAAAAUUUUUUUAAUUGAGGUAUGAUUGAUGUAAGAUAUAUACAAGGUUCAGGUGUACAACAUAGUGAUUCACCAUUUUUAAAUGUUAUACUCCACUUAUAGUUAUUAUAAAGUAUUGACUGUAUUCCCUGUGUUGUACAAUAUAUCUUUGUAGCUUA